AUGAAACAUCUGUCUAUUAUACUCCCGGUAGCUUUGACCGCCUUUGCAACUGCAUCCAGCAGUUGGUUCCCGGGCUCCAGGGACAUUCCAGUAUAUAACAAAUGGCAUGAGACGGAGCUUGAACGUUGGCUCUCCGACAACAACAUCCCAUACCCCACCCCGGCGGACCGUAAGGAUUUGGAGAGUCUCGUCGGCAAGAACUGGGAAGACUACGUUGUAAAGCCCUACAAGAAGUGGGACACAGCGGAGCUCAGUUCUUUCCUCCAAAAUAAAGGACAAGAUGCUGUACACGAAGCCCAGGAAUCUAGGGAAAAUCUAGUUCACCUUGCUCGUUCAAACUGGUAUGAGACAGAGGACAACACUCUUAAGGCUUGGGACAACGUCAAGGACUGGAUUUUUGAUACUUGGGGACAAAGCCAGCUCAAGGCUUUCGCGGACAAGCACGACAUCCCUGUCCCCCAGCCUCGCCCGAGGGAUGCUAUCCUCCAGAGACUUCGCCUCAACUACGAGAAUAUUGCCAAGAGAUUGGGAGAGACUACUUCGUACCCAGGCAAUUGGCUGUACGACUCCUGGACCGAAUCUGAUCUAAAGGAAUGGCUUGACACUCACGGAUUUCCUUCACCUCAACCAUCGUCUCGCGACAAACUUAUUGCUUCUGUGCGCCGCAACUCCCGACUUGCUUAUCUCAAGGCCCAGGCUCAAGCUGCCAGUGCCACCAAGAGUGCACAGGCAGCCUAUUCGACGCUCACUGAUAUCAUCAUUGAUACUUGGGGCGAGUCUGAGCUGAAGAAAUUUUGUGACAAAAAUGGCAUUCCUGUCCCUCAAGGCACUAAGGUCAAUGAACUUCGGGCUAUCGUCCGUAAAAACCGCGCCGAGAUUCUUGGUGACACGGCAGGCGCCCAUGCUGCAGCGGCCUUUGGUGCUGCCACUUCUAGUGCUGGAAACCAGUACGCAAAAGCCUCAGACAGUGCGUCCCUCGCCGCUCGGAACAGCUUCGACAAGGCCACCGAAACCUGGUCCGAAAGUCGACUCAAGGCUUACCUCGACGCUCGAGGUGUUCCGGUCCCGCAGACAUCCAAGCUGGAUGACCUCCGAGCACUGGUCCGCAAGAACAGUCACAAGGCUUCUACGGGAUGGAGCGCAUGGACAUUCGACGAUCUCACAUACAAUAAUCUGAAGGACUACCUCGAGAAGAAUGGAGAUGCCGCGGCCAAGAAUAUAGCUGCAAAGAAGGAUGUCACCCACAAGGAACUUGCGAGCGCGGCCAACUCGGCCUAUUCCUCUGCUUCCACUGCGGGCGGCUCCUCUUAUGAAUCCGCUACCAACUACUUUGUUCAGACUACUGAAGCUGCUAAAACUGACGUUUUUGAUAAAUGGUCUCAUUCUGAGCUGAAGGCAUACCUUGACAGCUACGGCAUCGUUACCCCCCAGGGAAACAAACUUGACGAACUCAAGGCCGAGGCCCGGAAGCAGGCGACCUAUUUCAAAUAUGGAACCACCUCUCCUAGCGAAACCAUCUUUGCUAAGCUCGAGGGGGCUGUGGUGGGUGGCUGGAAAUGGGUUUCCAAGCAACUCGAAUUGGGCAGCACUGCUGCCAAGGAGGAGGCUGCUGGAGUCGAGAAAGAGGCUGAAAUCAAGGCAAGCAAGGCCAAGAACGAGUUGUAA